UCAUUCUCCCUUCUGCUAAUGCUAAGAAGAAGGCAUUUCCAUUGAGAGCUCUGGCUUUUGUUGAAUCCAUUGAAAUGAUAACAUAUCAGGAGGAAAUCAUUGAGAUAGGGUCAUGGAUAAAUGACAUCUCUCCAAUUGGAAGAAUAGAGGAGCCUGCCCAUCUAGAUUUCAAGUGCCUACAAAAUGAAGUUUCCAAACAAACACAGCUAUUGUCUGAACUCUCAAAGGAUGUUCAAGAAGUUGUGUUCUCCAGUUUGCUGCACAUGCUCAGUGACAAGGAAGUUGUGUAUGACCUGAUGAAAAUGCUGGAAUUGAAUCAGUUGGAACUUAUGGAUGGUCUGGGUGGCAAAAUCCUGGAUGAGCUGCGAAAGGAGUCAACCACCACCCCAUCGAUUGACCUAAAGGACCUCAUUCUUUAUCUCCUUCAAGCCCUGAUUGUGCUGAACAAUACCCAACUCAUUCUCCUGGCUCAGUCUGUGGAGAUGUGGCUCCUCCUGCAGCAACGACAGCUGGUAAAGAGCAUCCUCCAGCCAAACUACAAGUAUCCCUGGCACAUUCCCUUCACACUGCAGCCUCAGCUUCUUGCCCCACUCCACGGUGAGGGCUUGGCCAUUACUUAUGAAUUGCUGGAGGAGUGUGGUCUGAAGAUGGAGCUGAAUAAUCCCAGGUCAACUUGGCAUUUGGAAACCAAGAUGCCCCUGUCUGCUCUCUAUGCAAGCCUGUCAUUUUUACAGCAACUUCAGAAGCCCAACUCUUCCUCCAAUCCCAGCCUCAGUCUUGGAUACAUGUGA